AACGAAGAAAAACCUCAUCGUCAUCGUUCGCCGGAGAAAUCUCCACACAGUUUAGCAGUUCCAUCCGUCCAUGGCGGCCUCCUUGCUCUCUCCUCUGACUGCACCAAACCCUAAACCGGUAGCUCCAACUACUGGGCUUCCCAAAUCCUCCUUCCUCUCCAACACCAAUGUUUUCUUCUUCAAGCCCCGUCUGAGUAAGAAUGGAGUUCAGAGAAGCUUCAGUCCCUUUGCUGGGUCGCUUGACCACAUUCCCAAGCAGUUUAGGGAAGAAAACCUCAAAGACGGAAGUGGGUCAAUCUAACUCUUUCUCUGUUUUUCUCUUCGUGAUUUCUCGUGAAUUCGAUUUGGUUAUUGGCCUGAAUCCAAUUUAAUUUAUGCAAGUUCUUUCCUUUAUGUUAUUGGUAUUUGGUGUUAGGAAUUUCUUUGUGUUAUGCUUCUUCCUCUGGGAAAAUAUUGACAGUAGGGAAGACCUUGU